AAAGCAAUUCACUAUCCAAUUUCCAUGGACAAGAAUGAAGAAAAAACUCAAGUAGAAGAACAAGAGCAAGAUCAAGUAGUGAACCCAUGGCAGGUCUCUUCAAAAGGCAAAAUUGAUUACGACAAACUCAUCGACCAAUUCGGCUGCCAAAGGCUCGACAUCUCCCUCAUCGACAGAGUCCAACGCCUCAUCGGCCGCCCGUCCCACGUGUUUCUGCGCCGUGGUUUUUUUUUUGCCCACCGGGAUUUUGGUGAGAUACUGGACGCGUAUGAGAGAGGAGAGAAUUUUUAUUUGUAUACGGGACGUGGGCCAUCAUCUGAAGCUUUGCAUUUGGGGCAUUUAGUUCCGUUUAUGUUUACUAAAUAUUUGUAAGAUGCCUUUAAAGUUCCUCUUGUUAUACAACUUACGGAUGAUGAACAGUGCAUGUGGAAAAAUCUUUCUAUUUAGGAGAGCCAGAGACUUGCCCGGGAGAAUGCAAAAGACAUUAUUGCUUGUGGUUUUGACAUAACAAAAACCUUCAUCUUCUCAGAUUUUGAUUAUGUUGGUGGUGCCUUCUACAAAAACAUGGUGAAGGUUGCCAAGUUUGUCACGUAUAAUAAAGUUGUUGGCAUAUUUGGUUUCACUGGUGAAGAUCAUAUUGGAAAAGUUAGUUUUCCGCCUGUGCAGGCAGUUCCAUCGUUUCCCAGUUCUUUCCCACACCUUUUUUCGGGCAAAGAUCACCUUUGUUGCUUAAUUCCUUGUGUCAUUGACCAGGAUCCUUACUUCAGAAUUACAUGAGAUGUUGCUCCCCGGAUAGGAUAUCACAAGCCAGCGUUGAUCGAAUCAUUGUUCUUCCUUGCCUUGCAGGGGGAAACAGGAAAGAUGUCAGCUACUGAUGCUAGUUCUGCAAUUUAUGUGACUGAUUCUGGGAAGAUAAUUAAGGAUAAGGUAAACAAGUAUGCAUUCUCUGGUGGUCGAGAAACUAUUGAGCUACAUUGAAAGCUUGGGGCAAAUCUUGAGGUUGAUAUACCAGUUAAAUACCUAAGCUUUUUCCUAGAUGAUGAUGCAGAACUCGAACGCAUAAAAACGGAAUAUGGUGCGGGUCGCAUGCUAACUGGGGAAGUUAAGCAAAUCCUUACUAGAGUUUUAACUGAAAUGGUUGAAAGACAUCAGAGGGCUCGGGCUGCAGUGACUGAUGAGAUGGUCGAUGCAUUCAUGGCGGUGAGACCCCUUCCCGAUAUGUUCAACUAGAGUUGAUAUGAUGAACUUUGCUAGCUCUCAAUGAAGCCCAUUGCGCAAGAAUAUUUAUUUGGGUCUUUGUGCUCAUACAUAUUCCAUUCAUCUCUCAACUUGAAGCAUGCUUGAAAGGAGUCUAAUUGCUGCAAUAUUGUUCUUUUCUUUUUUGUUUUCUUUUCCAUUUAGGAUACUUGUCAACUUAAAAAUUAUAGAAUCAAUGAAGAGAAGCUUUCAGGAAAA